UGCUGGCAGAUGCGCGCUCCCGCACUUCUCCAGUUUUUGCUCCUCGCGCGCGCGGACAGAGAUGAGAGUGACAGAGCAGGGGGAUUUAAUAAUGUUCUGUAGGUUCCACUGACGGCUCACGGCUGAGUUCUGCAUCGAUUCAUCACCAGAUCAACAGCAGAAACGUGUGUGUGUGUGUGUGUGUGUGUGUGUGUGUGUGUGUGUGUGUGUCUUGCUCAAUUCUCCCCUGGUCCCCUCGCUCUGUGGCCAUGGAGGUACGAGGAAAGUUUGACUUCAAUGCCACGGCUGAAGAUGAGCUCAGCUUUCGUAAAGGAGACAUCCUGAAGAUCAUCGGCUCUCAGGACGAGUGGUUAAAAGCAGAAAUGCACGGACACGAAGGAUUUAUUCCAAAAAACUACGUGGACAGACAGAUCCCCAGUUGGUUCCAGGAGAACGCAGGCCGCAGCACUGCAGAAGAACUGCUCAAGUCUCGAGAGGUGGGAGCCUUCCUGAUCCGCGGCAGUCAGAGCUCACCUGGAGAUUUCUCCAUCUCUGUCAGACAUGAGUUUGAUGUGCAACAUUUUAAAGUGUUGAAGGACAAAAAAGGUCAAUAUUACCUGUGGACUGAGAAGUUCAUGUCCCUCAACAAGCUGGUGGACUUUUACAAAACAUCAUCCAUCUCCAAGCAGAAAGAGAUCUUCCUGAGAGACGGAACUGGAGAGGAACCCAGACUCCCAGCACCUCAUCCUGUAAAGAAAGACAACAACCGACCCCAACCUUCAGCCCACCGCAGACCUACUGAGCAAAUUCACACUCAGCCUAAUAAACAGGGCAGUCUGGAGGAGAGAAGUCACAGUAUGGGUUCUGCAGGAAAAAACAGUCCUGUAAACACCCUACCAACACCCAGGCGCCAUUCUGACAUCCUACCUGCACCGAGGCCAUCCAUACAGGUAAAGGCUCUGUAUGACUUCAUCGCAGAGGAAGAGGAUGAGUUGGGCUUCAACGCCGGUGACGUAAUUGAGGUUCUGGAUCGUUCCGAUGCAUCGUGGUGGAAAGGACGUCUCCGUGGUAACGUCGGACUUUUCCCUGCUAACUACACGUCUCAGAUGUAAACCACUCGGUGAAGCGGUUCUUCUGCGAUGCUUUUACACUUUAAGAAAGCUCUUUUCCUUUCAUCACUGAUUACGAGGACACGAUAACGAUUGGAUUAAUUUCAGAAUCAUGAUUUAGUGUGAAUUCUUGGUGCCUUAAACAGAGAGGUACGAUUCCGUCUCACUCCUGAUCCGACACACGGACAGGACGGGAAGGUGCUUUUAUUCUCCUACUUUCUCUCUGCCUCACUAAUGUACAUCACUGUUCCUCAGUCCUGCUCCUGGACACACAAAGAACCCUGAGUGUGUGAGAGAACCCUGAGUGUGUGAGAGAACCCUGAGUGUGUGAGAGAACCAAUAACCCUGAGUGUGUGAGAGAACCCUGAGUGUGUGAGAGAACCAAUAACCCUGAGUGUGUGAGAGAACCAAUAACCCUGAGUGUGUGAGAGAACCCUGAGUGUGUGAGAGAACCCUGAGUGUGUUAGAGAACCAAUAACCCUGAGUGUGUUCGAAAACCCUGAGUGUGUGAGAGAACCCUGAGUGUGUUAGGGAACCCUGAGUGUGUUCGAAAACCCUGAGUGUGUGAGAGAACCCUGAGUGUGUUAGGGAACCCUGAGUGUGUUAGAGAACCCUGAGUGUGUUAGAGAACCCUGAGUGCGUUAGAGAACCAAUAACCCUGAGUGUGUUAGAGAACCCUGAGUGUGUUAGAGAACCCUGAGUGUGUUAGAGAACCCUGAGUGUGUUAGGGAACCCUGAGUGUGUUAGAGAACCCUGAGUGUGUUAGGGAACCCUGAGUGUGUGAGAGAACCCUGAGUGUGUGAGAGAACCCUGAGUGUGUUAGAGAACCCUGAGUGUGUUAGGGAACCCUGAGUGUGUUAGAGAACCCUGAGUGUGUUAGAGAACCCUGAGUGUGUUAGAGAACCCUGAGUGUGUUAGAGAACCCUGAGUGUGUUAGAGAACC